AUGACACAUCCUGUAGCAGUGAAGGCAUGUCUAUUUGAUAUGGAUGGUCUUCUCAUCAACACAGAGGAUAUCUAUACUGAAACUUUGAAUGAAACCCUGGCAGAGUUUGGUAAGGGCCCUUUAACUUGGGAUGUGAAGAUUCAAUUGCAAGGACUUCCAGGACCGGAAGCAGGAAAGAAGGUUAUCGAAUACUACGAAUUACCAAUAACUUUGGAUGAGUAUGACGAAAGAAACGUUGCCCUGCAAUCUCUCAAAUGGGGUACUUGCGAAUUUCUGCCUGGUGCAUUGGAUUUAUUGAAAUAUUUAAAGUCAAAGAAUCUUCCUAUUGCAUUAUGUACUUCUUCAAACAAGACUAAAUUUCGCGGUAAAACAAGCCAUUUAGGGGAGGGUUUUAAUCUUUUCGAUGCCAUUGUAACUGGUGAUGAUCCAAGAAUUCCAAAAGGAAGGGGUAAGCCUUUCCCGGACGUUUGGCAGCUGGGUUUAAAGGAAUUGAACGAAAAGUUUCAUACUGAUAUUAAACCUGAUGAGUGUAUAGUAUUCGAAGAUGGUAUUCCCGGUGUAAAGUCGGCUAAGGCCUUUGGUGCUCAUGUUAUUUGGGUUCCUCAUCCGGAGGCACAUGCUGUUUUGGGAGAUACAAAAGCUUUGCUAGCCGGUAAAGGUGAACUAUUGUCUUCCUUGGAGAAACUGGAGAAGGCCAAAUAUGGAUUGUGA